AGUAUUUCAGCUUGUCCCUGCAAAGCUGGCUUGUUCAGAUGCAAAGGCUGCAGCAGGCGCACUGCAACUGUCUAUACACCAUCAGCCUCUUCCACUGGAUCAAUAAUCACUGAAGAAAAGCAGGAGAGUUUGGCACUGCAGCUUUUGUGAGCCACUCAGUUUUCAUGAAAACAGAAGAAUCUGAAUGUCUUGCUGAAGCUGGAAAUGCACCAAGUAACACAAAACAGUGUUUAUUCUGGUGCAUUGUGCUCCGCACUGCUGUCUCACCCAAGCAGACCCUGCUGAGGUCGUGAAGCUCCUGUAUAGCUGGACAACUAUUUUGCCAACUAAAUUACUGGCAUUAUUUAUUUGCAGUAUUCUGUAGUGAGCAUCUUUUAUGUGUUUGCAUAUUCCACUGCUGUAAAAGAAACUGUUGCAUGGUUUCAUUUGAAAAGGAUCGCCCCUGUAUUGCCUAACUCAUGGCUCUGGCAGUCAGCACCGGCUGUAAAAUAUCUGCUGAGGAACAUGCUUUUCCAGAGAUAAUUGAACUGAAUGUAGGAGGGCAAGUAUAUAUAACCCGAUAUUCCACUCUGGUAAGCAUUCCUGGAUCCUUACUUUGGGAAAUGUUCAGUCAGAAAAAAGUUAAGGCUUUAGCCCGUGACAGCAAGGGAAGGUUUUUUGUGGACCGGGAUGGGUUUUUAUUCCGUUACAUCCUAGACUACAUGCGAGAUCAGCAACUGGUGUUGCCAGAUCAUUUCCCUGAAAGAAGCCGGUUGCUGCGUGAAGCAGAUUAUUUCAUCCUCCCAGAGCUAGUAAAACUGUUGGCACCGAAGAUCAGCAAACAAAAUUCAAUAGGAGAAGAUCCAUGUCAGAGUGAUCCAGAGGAAACAUCUCCAAGUCUGGACACAUUUCGCAGCAUUUCUUUGCCUGGAGUUGGUAUAUCUGCUACAAGUGCCCCAGGAACCAAUUUAGAAAUAAGAAGGUCUGGGUUCAUUACUGUAGGAUACCGAGGUUCUUAUACUCUUGGCAGAGAGAGCCACACAGAUGCCAAAUUCAGAAGAGUGGCACGUAUCAUGGUGUGUGGCAAGACAUCACUUGCCAAGGAAGUCUUCGGUGAUACACUGAAUGAGAGUAGAGAUCCUGAUCGCCCACCAGAAAGGUAUACUUCCAGGUAUUACCUGAAGUUCACAUUUUUGGAGCAAGCCUUUGAUAAACUCUCAGAUGCUGGUUUUCACAUGGUUGCCUGUAAUUCUACUGGCACAUGUGCUUUUGCACAUGAACAGACGGAUGAUAAGAUCUGGACCUCUUACACGGAGUAUGUUUUUUACCGUGAGUGAAUGCUUAGCAACUCUAAGCGCUGCUCUGCACUUCCAACAUGGCUGUAUUUAGAAACAGACCCUUUUUGACUGAUCCUAUUGCUGUUUUGUCACUCUAAUUUAUAGUUGUAAACUGUGAUUUAGUGCUCUGAUACUUUCAGCCUUGUUAAUACUCUGCCUCCAGUGGAUAUAGAAUGCCAUAUAAAAUGGAACAAUCUCAGUUCUAUAAAAAUGAUGCUUAUUGUUGAUAAAUUGACAUACAGGAGUUUUGCUAUAUUUAACUUACUCCUGUUUGAGUUUCAUAGAUUUUUUAACAGUUUCAGAAAAGUGUUGCAUAACUGUAUGACUUAUAGCAAAAAUCUUUUAUUUCCAUGCACAUUACAAUUUGCUAAGACAAUUAAAUGUGCACCCCUACUUUUUCUCCUGUGAUCUUCCUUUUCUGCGUGUAUUCCUUCAUUUGUUUGUAAAGUCAGUAGUAAAUACAGAGACAUGCAACAGUUCACAGACUGUGUUCACAUGCUGUUUUGUUUUUCCUUUAAGCUAAACAUCUGUUACUGGGUUUUAAAUUAACACUACCUUUUUCUCUGGGUAACUUUGGUGGAGUGUGUGAGGGUGUCACUGCAGUACUGCAGCAAGUCAAACCUUGCUAUAGUCCUUUAGUAAGAACCAUUUUUGAACAAAUCAAUGAAUACAUGAACAUCUGUAUUUUCAAUCCUAAAACCAGUAAACCAGUACCUGGUACUUGCAGCUCAUAAAAGUAAGAUGGCUUGCAAUUUUAUGAAUGUGCAAAGUAGGUAGGUUGCUUAAGGCUGCAUGUCAUUUGUAGUAAAGCCUGACAAAUUGGUAAUUGCAAAUAAAUGAUUGUUAACAUU